AUGGGAACAGGCUCGACGUUGGCCGGGAAGGAAGUUCCUGUCAUCGGAAGCGACACCGUUCGCUGGAUCGAUCUCUCCGUUCCUUCUUCCCCCAACAUCGCCACCAUCAACGGCGCUGCCGCCCCUCCAACCACCGACGACCGGGCCUCCUGCUUAGUCAUCGGAGAUCCUCCUACCUAUCUCAUUUGGAGAAUUCACAAGGCUCAACCUCACUCUCUGGAGUUGCUUGAAGUCGCUGCUUCCAAGGAAUUCCCGCGCGUAGGACUCAGAUUCACUUUCCCCGACGCACUUUGUCCCUUCGCGUUCAUAUGCAGAAACGAGAUUUCUGGUACUGCUAGAUUCCCUUACUUGCUCUAUGUGUUGACUGUCUCUGGCGUCGCUUACCUCUUGAGAAUUCGAAAUAUUUCUGCAUAUGCGUCCAUUUCCGUUUUUCCUUUGGACGAGCUUUUGGAGGUUAAUGUGCGUGGUUAUAUUCCCAAUCACGCGGCAGGGAUAACUGCUGUGGCUGCCGUUGCCGGGGCUCUUGUUGUUGGCAUGAGUGAUGGUUCUGUUUUCUGUUUCCAAGUCGGUGUACUCGACCCUAGUGCUCCUGGUAUGAACUUGGUUAUUUUCUCUCUGGUCAUGCGUUUUCUCUUGCCUUUCAUUGCUUUCAUAGCCGGCGUUGUGGGCUGUUUUGAUGGUGGAUUGCAAAAUAGGGAUGUGUUCGGUGGAUUUGUCCAUGAGCUAAGAGAUGAAGCUGGAAUCAGUCGCUUGUGGGGUUUAAUACCACGGGGGAAAAUGGUGGGUACUGUACAAGAGUUGGUAAUUUCAGAGUUGCAUGAGAAAAAGUUUGUCUUUGUGCUUCAUUUGGAUGGGACAUUGCGUAUCUGGGAUCUCGCGUCUCGGAGUAGGGUCUUUAGUCAUAACAUGGGGAUUAUGUCAAUGGCAGCAUGUUUUUAUGCAAUGGCUGGUCUCCUGGCUAUGAUAUCCAAAUACUCCAAAAAUGCAGAAGUAUCAGAGUUUCACACUUACUGCUUAAUUGUGAAGGAUGAAAACUUGGAGACGAUUUCUUUAUAUAGUAUCCGAUAUAAUUUUGGGGAUAGAAUCGUUUUCUCUAUGGAGCCUUCAGUGCAACACAUUUCCUUGGAGGAGGGACGAUGCCUUGAUGUUAAAUUAACAUGGGAUAAGAUAUGGAUUCUGAAGGAUGAUGAAUUAGUAUCACACACAUUCUCGACGAACAUAGAUGAGUAA